AUGGCGCCUGUGGCCAAGGAAUUCGAGCGAAUCAUCAAUACCGCCCGCGAGCGCAAGAAGAAUGAAGCCCUCGCCGACAAAAUCUUCUCCAAGGGCCGCCGCCAGAGUGCGCCCACGAGCAUGAAGGGUGCGCAGCCCGGAGGAUCGCUGGCCAGCCGUGUCGGUGUCAAAAAGGCCCAGCCUCAGAACAAAGCCACAGUCUCUGCUCAGCGCCGUCGAGCAACCAUCCCUGCCGGCGACGUCAACGGCGAGUGGACUCACGACCUCCACAGCUCCGUCAACCGCCCCAACACCUCCUCCAACGCCCCCCUCAGCUCCCGGAUAACCCUCCCCGGCGGCCCCAAGAAGACAGCUGCUCAGAAAAAGGCCGCCAGGCUGGCUGCCGCCGUCGACCGCAUGGACACGGACGAUUCCGUCAGGCAGCAGGUCAACAUUGUCAAGAACAGCAAGUCACAGAGACCAGACGCUGGCAUGACGAUCCGGGGGCUCGCGGGCCCUUUUGCCGUCAUGGGACAAAACUUUGCGCCGGGAACGACGGCCGCGGAUGUCGAGAGUGCCAUGACGCCCGUGGGUGGCGAGAUGGUCAGCUGCGAAGUCGUCAAGACGCAGCCCUUUAUGAUUGUCGAGAUGGUGUUUGCGUCGAGGGAGGGCGGAGAGAGGGUCAUUGAGACGUUUAACAACAAGACUGCCGAUGGCAGAAUCCUCAAAGUCUACGCCAAGCCCGGCGGCUACAAACCAAGCCGCGACUCAGCAUCAGGACGUCAGGCGUCAUCACACCGCGACCAGGUCGUUGACGGCUCCAUGGGCUUCCCCGACAACGACCUCAUGGACACCGAAAACGUGCCCCCCUCGACUAGGGGCAGCAGACUGCACUACGACGGCGGCAAGAACAACUCCGCCAACAAGCGUGGUCGCGGGUUCCAGAAGGGCUCCAACAACAACGGGCGAUAG